AUGAAGAAUCUUUUUGGUCUUGUCGCCGGCUUGGUAGUGCUCGCGCGUGGUGCGGUAGCGGCGCAGAACUGUGCUGGCGUGGCCGUCACCGCGAUCCCCUCGUGCGCGCAGGGCUGUUUUCUCGAGGGCGCGUCCUUUGUCGGUUGUGAUGGCCUCGACUUUGGCUGUCAAUGCGGGAAGGAAGCGGCCCUUUACGCUGCCAUUGAGCCCUGUGUUGCUACAGGAUGUCCUGCCGCUUCGUUCCAAGCCGUUAUCAACGGUGCUUCAGCAGGUUGUGCGGAUGUGCUGGUGCAGGCGUGGGCGGCGGCUCGACGAUUUCUGGAUCCUUCGUGUCGGCCAUCUCUGGUUCGGUCUCUGGAAUUGGAUCGUCCCCAGCGACGGUGA